GAGAGAGACAGGGAAAUGGUGGGGGUAGGCACCGAAGACAUAGCAGGCGGCCUGCAGUGUGUGUUCGUCUUGGACAGAGAGUGGAUUGAUUGUUUGCAGCGCGUAGCGUUCGGAGGCUCUUCGGAAGAACAGCGAGAUGUAAGGGAAUCUGCCUUCAAGAUGUGUCAUUGCGGGACUGAACUCAUGUGCCACAGGAUGUUGCUGCUACUAGUCCUGAUUGCCGUCGCAUUCACGCACACGGCCAGUACGACAGAACAGGGCAUGAAAGACUGCAGCUUACGUUUCCAGACAUGUACCUCUGCAGAGGAGCACAGGAGGCCGGUUUGUGGCACUGACGGUGUGACAUAUGCCAGUAGAUGUCACAUGCAGCGGGAACAAUGUCAAGGAACUCAGGUGUCUGUACAGCACCGUGGCAGAUGUAAAGGUAAUGGAUUUUAACGAAACACUUUGGUG